AUAACAAUUAAAAUAUGAAAGUAUUGUAUGUAAAAAAAAAAUGGGAUGACGUAUUUUUGUGAACACGCCCUAGUUCCGUAGAAGACAACACAUUGAUCGACAGACGAAACAACCAAUUGCCCACCACGUGACGUAAACCCCACUUGGCCAAUGGUAGUAAAGAGUCCCAAUCACGCAUAACGGCAGAUGCUCAGUGCGCCUGUUCACCUUGAAAUCGUUAUACACUGUUGGACGUUUUUAUAGUUUUUCUCUGUAUUAGGGUAAACACAUGUAGAAAAGAUUUUGCCAUCGUUACUUCAAGAAUAUCCAGAGAUAAGCUCCCUCCACGUGCAGUGCAGGGAAACAAAGACGCCUUUGCUGCUUUCAAUAUCCAUCACUGAAAACAACGGAAAUUGAAAUAGGAAUUACCCUAUAUAAUCUUUGUAGUUUAGUUUUUUGGCUGUUGCCGCAUGCUGGUUCCUCUUUCAUUCUUGGUUGUCAACAUCAGUCCACCUAUCCUGCAUUAAGGCGACACUGAAGUGAUUUGAACUCAGCUCACGAAUGGCAGGAAGCCUUAAUCCUAAACAAGAUGAAGAGAGCCGCAAUGAUCAGAUGGUGCGUUUCCACAGCUUCUUUCAAGGGGGGACAUCCAGUUUAGUCUCCACCCUCAUCGUUUUUCCUUUCUACAAAACGGUUUUCCGUCAACAAAUCCACAACGCUGUUGUUUCUGAGGCAGUGAAACAGCUGUGCAGUGAGGGACACGUAAAGCUCUACAGGGGCGUGGUCUCACCACUUCUGAUGAAGAUCCUGGGUGGUACUCUGCUCUUUGGCCUCCAAGACACCAUCCUCCAUCAGCUCUCCCCGUCAUCCCAGAAUUUCAUCUCCCCCUCAGCCCUGCCUGCUCUGGCUGGGUUUGGUGCAGGCGUGGUAGAAGCUGUGGUUUGUACCCCCUUUGAGCGUGUCCAGAGUUUAUUGCAAAAUGGCAAAAAUGACCGCCAUUUACCCACCCACAAAAGUAUUGUUGUCAGGCUGAACGCACAGAGGCUGUCCUCAGGGUACUACAGAGGCCUUCUGCCCAUAACAGCACGCAAUGCUCUUGGCAGCUUUAUCUACUUUGGCCUGAAGGAACCGUUAAGGGUUACCGUGGAGGGGCUGGGGCUGUCUCCACUGGUUUCCUCCUUCAUCUCAGGGAUGCUGGGCUCCAUGGUUAUCAGCUUGCCGCUCUAUCCACUGUCUGUGGUUGUUGCAAACAUGCAGAAACAGGUGGGAGGGGAGGAUAAAGGCGUCAUCGCUUCGUGGAAGAAGCUGUGGGAAUCUCGGCAGAGGAGUGUGUCUCUGCUGUACAGAGGAGGUUCUCUGGUUGUUUUGAGGUCCUGCAUUUCAUGGGGAGUCACCACUGCCAUCUAUGACAUGCAGCAGAAAUAUUCAGAGUGAAGAGACAGUUCAAACCCUCCAAAUCCUACUUUCAUGAGGUGCUUUAAUGAUUGUCUUUUUCACCGCAGAUAUUUUGACCUGUCAUAGUAGAAAAAGCACAUUGAUUUAAAAAAUGAUUGGUUGUGAUCAAUUUAUGUGUCAGACUAAACCUUGCCAGCGAGUCAGCAUACAUGAAAAAUAAUCAAUUUGAUUAUUUACACCUCUGCUAAAUGUUAAGAUGUUUUUGGGUGGAAAAGUUCAAUGGAAAUUGCAAGUUUAGCUAUGGUACAUUAUCUAGGGUGUGGAUUUUGUGAAACACGUUUACCAGUAAAGUAGAAUCUAAAGAAAAUUGGAUUCAGUAUGAAAAUGUAGCAUCCUUAACUUUAGGGCUGGACCCAAAACGAAGUGAAGGUCAGAAUAUUAACCCCAGUUGCCUUGAUCUCGACCAUCUGUUUUGUGCUUAAUCAUUUUACCAUUAACUGCAAAAAGGGAGAUGAAAAUAUGUUUAUUGUGUAAGGUCAACAGAUCAUAAAAAGAGGUUACAUAUGAAUUAAAGCACGGGAACAAAUAAGAUGUGAAAAAGUUGAACAACACUGUUGCCUCUCAGCAAGAAGGUCCGGGGCUAUAAUGCCGGUGGUGCGGUCCUGUACGGAGUAUGCAUGUUCUCCCCAUGUCUACAUUAAGGACUUUAUAGACAUGCAGGUUAAAUUAGUCAGAAACUGAAUAUGUUAUUUAUCCCUGGGUGAAAUUUACCAGAAUACAUAGCUGCAACAAUUAUGAUCCAUUCUACUGUAUAUAUUAUUAAAGGGGUCAUUGCUAAUAUUUUUACCAAAGUACAUUUUGAAUGCAGGACUUUGACUUGUAACAGAAUAUUUUUACUUUGUGGUAUUACUAUUUGUUAAGUAUACCUGAGUACUGUGUACACCUCUGAACCUGAACGUUUACUUUCUUGUUAUUUACCAGAAUGACAUCAUAUUAUGUUUUUUUCAGAAUACAAACAAUUUCAUCAUAUUACAUUAAAAAUUCAUCUUAU